GGAUAACCCAGGAAUUCCUGCUAGAUUUAGUUGCACUCGGAGACGAGCAGUUGGCCAGGACCAGAGACUAGCUGCCGUAUCCCAGACAUGUGAAGUGGCGCUUUGCUUUUUUCCUUUCCUUUUUUUUUUUUUUUUUUUAAAGAAUGAACGGUGUCACCAAUCUGCGACAGCUCGGAGAUAAUAACGCCAUGAGAGACGGCGCUGCCGAGGAAGACGUCUGAGCAAUCAUCCGGGCAGAGUUUUUGGAAAGGGGCUCGUCCCUGGGUUAUUUCCGCCUCGUUGCGCCAAACUGUGAUAUAAAGUUAAGGAGGGAGACCGUCGUUCUCGAGGGGGACCGGCAGAUGCAACCUGACAAGGGUCGGUGGAUUUAUUACGGUUCCUGCUCGUCUUCUAGCCGCCCUGGAAUGAUGCCGGGGAGCUUUAUGGGAAUUUACUUUCUACUGGCACUUCAGAUUUGCUCAGGGUCUCGUCUUCGCCAGGAGGACUCCCCUCCCCGCAUCGUGGAGCACCCCUCUGACCUCAUCGUGUCCAAAGGGGAACCCGCCACUCUCAACUGUAAGGCGGAGGGUCGUCCUACCCCGACGAUAGAGUGGUACAAAGAUGGGGAGCGUGUGGAGACCGACCGCGACAACCCUCGAUCCCACCGCAUGCUGCUGCCCAGCGGCUCCCUCUUCUUCCUGCGAAUCGUGCACGGCCGGCGAAGCAAGCCCGAUGAUGGCAGCUACGUGUGUGUGGCCCGCAACUACCUGGGGCAGGCUAUUAGUCACAACGCGUCCCUGGAAGUAGCCAUUCUGCGAGACGACUUCAGGCAAAACCCGGUGGAUGUGAUGGUGGCGGUCGGUGAGCCGGCGGUGCUGGAAUGUCAACCACCCCGUGGGCACCCUGAACCCACCAUCUCCUGGAGGAAAGACGGUGCCAACGUAGAUGACAGGGAUGAACACAUCACGAUUCGGAGUGGGAAACUGAUGAUCACCAACACCCGGAAGAGUGACGCAGGGAAGUACAUCUGUGUGGGGACCAACAUGGUGGGGGAGAGAGAAAGCGAGGUUGCCGAGCUUACCGUGCUAGAGCGCCCCAGCUUCGUCAAGAGGCCCAGCAGUGUGGUGGUGCUGGCCGACGAGAGCGUGGAGUUUCGCUGCGCGGUCCAAGGAGACCCUGUCCCCACCAUCCGAUGGAAGAAGGAGGAUUCUGACCUGCCUAAGGGGAGAUACGAGAUUUUGGAGGACCAUACCCUGAUCGUGCGUCGAGUGACACCGUCAGAUGAGGGCUCUUACACAUGCGUGGCGGAGAACAUGGUCGGGAAGUCCGACGCGUCAGCCCUGCUCACCGUUCACGUACCCCCGGCGUUUGCCGUUCGCCCAAGGAACCAGGUGGUGGCCGUGGGCAGGACAGUCACCUUCCAGUGUCAGGCUACUGGCAACCCCCAGCCUGCCAUCUUCUGGCAGAGGGAGGGCAGUGAGAGUCUCUUGUUCUCCUACCACCCUCCCCAGCCCUUCAGCCGCCUGUCUGUGUCCCAGAUGGGCAGCCUGACCAUCACCGAUGCUCAGCGCUCAGAUGCCGGCUACUACAGCUGCCAGGCCCUCAAUAUCGCCGGCAGCGUUAUUACAAAAGCCCUGCUGGAGGUUACAGACAUGGUGUCAGACCACCCUCCUCCUGUGAUCAGACAAGGUCCAAACAAUCAGACAGUACCUGUGGACAGCACAGUGGUGCUGCCAUGCCAAGCGGUCGGCACCCCAACUCCCGCAGUUCACUGGAAAAAAGACAGCGUGCCAGUGUCUCCAGUGGACUCUCGUAUUUCACUGGUAGACACAGGGUCACUGGAGAUUCACUACACCAAGCUCGGCGAUACAGGAUUUUACACUUGUGUCGCCUCAAGUCCCAGCGGAGAGGCUACCUGGACAGCAUAUUUACAAGUGGAGGAGUUUGGUGUAAUUGUUCAGGCAAGUCAUCCUGCAGACCCCAAACUGUUCCCCAGUGCACCAUCUAAACCUGAGGUCACUGACAUCGGCCGCACCUCCGUCGCUCUCUCCUGGAAAUCCAGUCCGAACACUGGGGCAACACCUACCUCCUACCUUAUUGAGGCUUUCAGUCAUGCGUCAGGGAGCAGUUGGGUGACUUUAGCUAGCCAUGUGAAGACACAGACUUCUGUUGUGAAGAACCUGAAGCCUGGGACCAUCUACCUGUUUCUGGUCCGGGCUGCAAAUGCUUAUGGCCUGAGUGACCCCAGCUCAAUCUCUGAUGCCGUCAGAACACUCGAUACACCUCCCACCAUCCAGGGAGUAGACCACCGUCAGAUCCAGAGGGAACUCGGAGAUGUGGUGAUCCACCUGCACACGCCCGCGGUCCUCUCCUCCUCUGCUGUCAGGAUACAGUGGAUGGUAGAGCGGCCAUCUCCGUAUAUCCAGGGCUAUAAGGUGAUGUACAGGGCAUCUGCUGAGCACGGUCAGCCGGCGGGGCAGUGGAGCGUCCUGGAGGUGCACACGGCGGGAGAGGACGGCGUGAUGGUCACUCAGCUGAAGAAGGGUUCGACCUACGAGUUCAAAGUGUGUCCCUUCUUCGAUGAGUUCCAGGGAGCUGACAGUGAGGUGAAAGUGACCAGGACGCUCGAUGAAGCUCCCAGUCGAGCCCCCCAGGGUGUUACCGUGACAAAGAGUGAUGCCAAUGGGACUGCCAUCGUGGUUGCCUGGAAACCUCCUCCAGAGGAGGAGCAGAACGCCGUGGUUCAGGAGUACAAGAUCUGGUGCCUUGGCAAUGAGAGUCGAUACCAUUUCAACCAAUCUGUGGACGGAUCCACCUUCUCAGUUCUCAUCCCAAGUCUAGCACCAGGGAUCCGCUACAGCGUUGAGGUUGCUGCUAGCAACAGCGCUGGACCCGGAGUCAAGAGUGAUGUCACUUUCUUUCAACUUGAUUCUGCAGGGCAGAUAAUGGGCAGCAGUGGGGAAAGAGACACUUUGUCCCAGAUCUCCGACGUGGUGAAGCAGCCAGCCUUUAUCGCUGGCAUUGGCGCCACCUGCUGGGUGGUCCUCAUGAUCUUCAGCGUGUGGCUCUACCGCCACCGCAAGAAGAGGCUCGGGCUCAGCAGCAGCUACACCGGGAUCCGCAAAGUGCCAUCAUUCACCUUUACACCUGCAGUAGCCUAUCAGAGAGGAGAGUCUGUUUGCAGUGGUAGUGGCAGACCUGGACUGCUUGGUAUGGGUGGUCCUUUAAAUCAGCUGUGGAUGGCUGACAACUGGCCCAAUGCCUGUGCAAACCACAAAGACUGCAGCAUCAACUGCUGUAAUAACGGCAAUGGCACCAGUGACAGCAACAUGACCACAUACAGCCGACCGGCCGACUGUAUAGCCAACUACGGGAACCAUCUGGAGAACAAGGCGGGAGGCCCGCUGGGGUCUGACACAGCCAUUUACAGCGACGUGAACAUCUCCAAUGACAUAAAGACGUUCAACAACCCUAACCUUUGUCACGAGGAUCCAGGAGGAGUACUGGAGAAUACAUAUGAACCCAUCCCAUACGCCACCACCCAGCUCAUUCAGUCUAAUAUCAAAAACAAGGCCGCCAGUGGCGGGGCUAUGGCAGAGUCACUGAACAUGCCUUGCUGGAAACAGCCCCCCAAUCCACCUCAGCUGUCACUGGAUAUGACGACACAGAUGCAGUACAACAUAAUGGACCAAAACAAACUCAGUAAAGAUCAUCUUCAAGGAGGUGAAGGGAUAAUCCAAAACACUCUCCCCUACAACCAGGCCCAUGAGCAAAGUGCGGGAGACUCUUACCACAGCUCAGACAGGGGCAGCAAUAGCACCACAGGGAGUCAAAAUUAUAAGAAAGGAUCAAGGCCUCCCAAAAUGUCCAGACAGAACGCAGUAAACUGGGGAGAACCACUGCCCCCUCCUCAUGCCAGUGGCCCAUCAAACUGGAACUGUGCUGAGUAUACUUUACCUAUGGAGAAGAAAAGCAGUUUAGACCCAGGUGUCCAGUGCCUGAUGCUGUCCUCAAGGAUGUACUUUCAUCAAGAUGGUGUGGAGGAGGAGGAAGAAGAGAGGGGGACAGAGGAGACGAGAGGCAGUUGUCCUACUCCCCCAGUUCGAGGACCGUCUUCAUCCACUGCUGAAGUGUCCUACAGUCACCAGUCUGCAGCCGCACUCACCCCAUCACUGCAGGGAGGCCAACGCAAUGAAACAGAGCAUCACAGGUAUUCCCACACAACAAAUAACCACCCGCCCAUCUCCCCUCUUUCCCCAAUGCACACCUACAUUUUGACACCCCUGUGCAUGGAUAUUGACAGACAGGAGGAGGAGGAGGAAGAGGCAGGGGGAGAAACAGAUGCGGAGCUGGUCCAGAGUCACCAGCACCAGGAGAACCAGCAGCAGCUCGUUCACCCUUCUCUGCACAGGAUCUUUGCCCACGGGUUAAUGCAGACCCCGGCCUCCAGCACCGGGGACCUGGACAGAUCGGUCACCGGCUCAAUGAUCAACAGCUGGGGCUCCGCCUCUGAGGACAACAUUUCGUCUGGCAGGUCCAGUGUAGUCAGCACCUCAGAGGGAUCCUUUUUUACCGACACCGAUUUCAACCAGGCGGUGGCUUCUUUAGGGGAUAACGUAGGCCUGGGCAUGUGCAGGUACCCAGAGGACUCAGGGCGGCGGCACCAGCGACCCAGCAGCCCCAUGUCGACAGACAGCAACAUGAGUCCAGCAGUAACACAAAAAAGGCCCAAGAGACACAAACAACACCAGUCCGGUCAUCAGGGCCAGCGACCCAGAGAUGAGUUCAAUGAUGACUCUUGCAUGCCUCUGAAUUUCCCUAGCCAGAAGUAUUACGAUGACUACAAGGCAAGGGGGGCCACACUACCAAGGAUGGGCUCUGCGGAGGCCAGGGGACCACGAGGUGGUGCAGGGCCUCACAGGACCAGGGAGACCUCUUUUGAGCUAAGAGAGAGCCAGGAAAAGCACAAAGCUUCACAAGGAGAGAAAGGGAGCGGCAAGAAUCAGCAGUACUCUGAUUUUGGGGACAUCCUUUCCUACAGUCGGCCAUCUUUCCCCUCAGUUCCGGAUAAGAGGGAGCCUGGUCUCAGUCCUGCCAGCUUUCUGUCAUCGGGUGGGUUGAGAACCAAACAGGGAAGAGAGGAGACACCUACCCAGCCCCAGAUGGAAGAGAUAGAGUUGCUGGAGAGCUGAAGAAAAACACCGCAUGAGGAAAACAAGAUUCUCGCUUUGAUUGCCCAAGAUGAAGGAACAUGACCCUUAACAUACAGAAGAAAGGCCUGCGCCAUAACACACAUUACUCAUCGUCCAUUAUUUUCUAAACACAGUUUCUCAUGACAUGUCUUACGUUUAAAUGGAAAGAAGGGAGCGAGAGAAAACUCGGAGGAAGAAAGAAAAAAAAAGUGCUAUCUUGUUUGAGCUUUUUGGCCUCUAACUGAAAGCACUAUUCAUCAUUUGCUUGUUGUUGGUCAGUGGUCAGCUCCCACUAGGCUUUAUGUUGGGUUUAUAGUGGGUUCAGUGAUGUGAAAUGAACUACGUGCACAUUUGAUGGCUGUGGUGAGUUUAUAAAAAGAUGUUGUCCGUGGUGACUGCCCCGUGCAGCACACAUGGUCUUUGCUUGUCAGUUGUCUUGUUAUUUUAUUGUAAUUAAUAUUCAGUCAGCAUCAGCAGCCAUUUUGUCAACUGUAAAAAACAAAACAAAACAAAAAAAAAGUUUACUGCCACAGAAGUGCUUCGAUGAGAUCCCAUUUGAAAUGCUUUUUGUAUAGAUAAUGUUAAUAUUUUGUUAUUGAUGUCUAUCUUGUCUUGUACUGUUUGUUUAACUUUGGUUAUAAAAGCACAGUCACUUAAUAUUAUUUGAAAUCAUUAUACAAAUUUCCGCCUCACAAGGGGGAAAAAACGGUCUUGUGUAUUGGUGAUCAUGUGAUUGGCUCAGUUCUAACUGAGAAAAUAAUGCAUUUCUUCUGUGAAUCGAGUGGCUUACACUUGACGCUGCUCCUUUGCAGAUUUAACACGAUAGUUGUA